CAGCUCCCACCACGACCAAGCCGGAGCCCUCCCCCUGCCCCCCCUCAAAUUCCUCACUCCAUCUGUAAUCCUCCUCCAUAAUAGCCCUUACUCACCUCCUUCCUGUUUCUUAAACACCCUUCCCACAUUUCCCAGACGGAGGGUACCUCUUUUUCCAUAAUCUUCUCUUCAUCAGUCAGCUUGUUUCCUUCUUUCUUACUGGGGUCCUAGGAAACACCAGCGCCCCGACUGACCUUGCCUGGUGUUUUCCACCCUCCCUAACUGUAGUCUGUCCUGUCUCAACACUAUCGCAUAUAUUUCACGCAUCUUCCACCCCCCCAUCACUUCACUGUGGCCACACAGUACUUUCCGCUGAUGCCUUCGUCUCCUCCAUAAACACCCCCCUCAGGCAAUUCUUGUGCUACCCCAAAACUGCCUCAUUUACACUCUGAUUGGGUCUAUACACACCCCCUUGACAAAGCUUUUUUCCCACCAUCCCCCGCCCUGAGCCUCCCUCCUGUCAUAAUUCUAUCCUUCCUCCGACUUUUCCCUCUCAAGCUCUACCCUUCCCCGCCCAGGCUGGCCCACGAUUCAGGGUCACCCUCGCCUCUUCCCCGUGGAUUGCCCCCCACCAUGUUCCCCUGAGCCUCCAAGGAGGGGGCUCAGGGGGCCCGAUGGCCUCCCGCCCGCUGUGGCCCCACAGCCCCCGUGGGCCAGGGGAAGUGCCUCAGAAGGCUCAGCGCCCAGGAUGGGCAACCGCACGUGGGACGGCUGCCACGUGGACUCGCGCAUGGACCACCUCUUCCCGCCAUUCCUCUACAUCUUCGUCAUCGGCGUGGGGCUGCCCACCAACUGCCUGGCCCUGUGGGCAGCCUACCGCCAGGUGCGGCAGCGCAACGAGCUGGGGGUGUACCUGAUGAACCUCAGCAUCGCCGACCUGCUGUACAUCUGCACGCUGCCACUGUGGGUUGACUACUUCCUGCACCACGACAACUGGAUCCACGGCCCCGGCUCCUGCAAGCUCUUCGGGUUCAUCUUCUACACCAACAUCUACAUCAGCAUCGCCUUCCUGUGCUGCAUCUCGGUGGACCGCUACCUGGCCGUGGCCCACCCACUGAGGUUUGCCCGCCUGCGCCGGGUCAAGACGGCUGUGGCCGUGAGCUCCGUGGUCUGGGCCACGGAGCUGGGGGCCAACUCGGUGCCCCUGUUCCACGACGAGCUCUUCCGCGACCGCUACAACCACACCUUCUGCUUCGAAAAGUUCCCCAUGGAGGGCUGGGUGGCUUGGAUGAACCUCUACCGGGUUUUCGUGGGCUUCCUCUUCCCGUGGGCCCUCAUGCUGCUGUCUUACCGCGGCAUCCUGCGGGCCGUGCGGGGCAGUGUGUCCACCGAGCGCCAGGAGAAGGCCAAGAUCAAGCGGCUGGCCCUGAGUCUCAUCGCCAUCGUGCUGGUCUGCUUCGCGCCGUACCACGUGCUCCUGCUCUCACGCAGUGCCGUCUACCUGGGCCGCCCUUGGGACUGUGGCUUCGAGGAGCGCAUCUUCUCGGCCUACCACAGCUCGCUGGCCUUCACCAGCCUCAACUGUGUGGCUGACCCCAUCCUCUACUGCCUUGUCAAUGAGGGGGCCCGCAGCGACGUGGCCAAGGCCCUACACAAUCUGCUCCGCUUCCUGGCCAGUGACAAGCCACAGGAGAUGGCCAACGCCUCACUCACCCUGGAGACCCCACUCACUUCCAAGAGGAACAGCAUGGCCAAGGCCAUGGCAGCUGGCUGGGUGGCAGCUCCGCCCUCCCAAGCGGACCAGGUGCAGCUGAAGAUGCUGCCGCCCGCACAGUGACCCUCCACUCGUGCAGAACUCCCUCACUCCUCGAAUCUUAUCCCACACUCCCUUCCCUCCUGGUCUGAUGUAAGCAAACUGUAUGCAAAUGAGGCCGUGUUCAUAGUGAUAAGAGUAGAAGAAAACAGGAAAACAGUGAGGCUGGUGGGUCACUGCUCGGUCAUCAUCCUCUACCACGACCCCCU